AAGCUUCUCCACGUGUACAGCGGUAUUUUGUGUAUUUGUGUUGUCCAACAUUUUUAUUUGCUUCACAAGCACAUUUCUGAGGCUAUAGUAUCUAUAAUAUCAGCAGUUGUUUUGUUUGUUUAGAAUAUCUUUGUCUAUAGAAGGCAAAACAGGAUAUGUUGUUGGCAAAAUGAGAAUAUGUGCUUUAUGUAUUUAAAUGUGUCUGUAAACUCUCUGGUUUGAAUUCUGUGUAAAGUUCCAAUGCUGCAUAUAAAAAAACUAACCCCUGCCUGUUUAACCUUGCUCAUUGUGAUUACUCUGGACAAGUUAUAAUAAUAUGACACAAACACAUCUGCAUUCUGCACAGGACAGUUGAAGGUUUGACUGUGUCAUGCAGUUGGGUACAUUUUGGGAAAUUAUUUGUAGUCUGUCAUUAUACUUUGUUAUUGCAUUUAAUUUACUAACAAGUAUUUUGUAGGUCGCUACGAACUGUCAUUGCCCCAUCUUCGCUGUGAGCAAUGCAGAGAAACAUGGAUACCAGGUGUGCUAGAAAUGCAGAAGAGCCUGCAACUGUAAACUUCUGCACCAUUUAUGAUGAGGAAGUCUUCAUGUCCUUUGAAGACUUGAAAAUGGCUGCUCCAGGAUUGUCCCGUUUAGCGUUCAAAAGAAUGCUUGACAUGAAGACAGUGCACUAUGGCAGAAUCGGCACUUUAUGUGGUGAUGCAUUUUUGAAGAGUUAUUUCGAGUGGUCCAUCUGCCGUUAUGAGGUUGACAAGAUCUGUGGUGAACAACAUUUCAUGUGCCCUGCUUGUACCCCACUAAUGCUGGCAGUUGCUGUGGAUGGCAACAGAAAACUUCAUCGUUUCAAAAAGGCUGGGAAUUCAGAGGACUCGGGCUACUUCGAAGGGUUGUUUCUUUGCAAGGAUGAGGAUGUAUCCUCUUUUGUUCAAUAUAUCCGCAAAAAAGUGCAACAUGUGGGAGGCAAAGGUGUUUGUGGAGCUGCGGAGUUUGCAGCUGCAAAAGAGUUUUCCAGAAAGACCAGCAGUAAAUUGGAUGAGGAGGGAGUUGAAGUUGCUGUCUGUAGGCAUGGUUUUCUUUUGAGGGCCCUCAAUAUGUUCAGAGGAGAGAUCUAUGCAUAUCCUUUGUACUUCCAGAAAGAACGCUGCACAGAAAAUGCAACUUUCUUUUGUGCUGACAUUAUGUGCAAAUACUGGCCAUACUUGAUAAAAGUUUGCCAGGCCUGCCCAGAACUGAGACAUCUUGUAAAUAUGAAACCAUUCCUUUCAGUUAUGCAUGCAAAAGUACAUGGCAUAAAAUGUGAGAUCAAAUGGAGUGGUAGCUUUCAAACGGGUGCUGCAUAUACCAUGGGGGAAGAAGUAGAACAAACAAAUAGCUUUUUAUGAAGAAUUGGUAUAAGCACGAAGUUCAUGUCUAAAGUAGGUUAGUAUGUUUAUGUAAUUUUGGCCUCAAAAUUUCUAAAUUUAAGGGCUCUAUCUUAUACCCGGCGCAAUGCAGCGCAAUGCACGACGCAAGUGUCUUUCGCUAGUUUCCACCCUAA